UGGGGCUCCCGCAAAAUCAAAACAAACCCCAAAAUGGAGCAAACAAAGCCUUUUUAUGACUUUAGCGUACCCUUUAACAAGGACGACUCGGUGAUGAGAGCCCUGCUCAACGAGCUGGUGGAAUGUGGCUACAAAACCAUUGCCAUUGAUCAGAGUUUCGACCACAGCAAAAAGGAGGCCGGCAAACGGGGAUCCGAGAUGUUUCCCGAACCCCACAAAAUCGAGCAUCUGCGCAAGGAGUUCCAGGAUAAGCUGCGAAUCCUGCAGAGAAUUACCAUACUCUAUGUGGACGUCAAUGUGGCGCAUGCGAUGAGUGUUUCCCUGAAUCUGCGAAAAUUCAAUCUGAUUGCUGGCCAGCCCAAAACAGAUGCCGCCUUGACUCACUGCUGCACCGCCUUCAAUGGAGACCUGAUAACCUUUGAUCCUGUGGCCGGAUCCCGGCUUCUGGUCAAUCGGAAGGCCUACCAGGUGGCUGUGCGGCGGGGCAUGUUCUUCGAGAUCAAAUACGCCCCGGCCAUAGUCGAUUCGAAUAACAGGAAGGACAUGAUUAAAAUUGCCCAGAACUAUUGCACCAAAGGAAAGUCCAAGAAUAUCAUUUUUAGCAGUGGAGCAGCCCACCAAUUUCAAUUAAGAGGUCCCUACGACGUGGCCAAUCUGGCCUUCAUUUUCGGCUUAUCGGAGGAGCAGGGCAAAAAUGCUGUGGAUCGGCACUGUCGACAGCUCUUUCUGAAGGCUGAGUCGCGUCGUCUGGGCAAAACCAUCAUGUUCGUAAAAGGCAAUGGACCCAUUGUAUUCUCGGAUAGCUCGGAGGACGACGAAGAAGAUGAUGAGAUGAACGACCUACAAACGGAUACCGGAGUAGAUGAUGAAUCUGAAGUUAAGGAUGAGAAUAAGCAAGCCAAUAAACGACUGAAAGUGGCGUAG